UGACUGCGGUGCAUCAGCCCCACACAUGCCUGAGGGACACACACAUGAGACUCAUGGCCACAGAACAACAACCUCAUCCGGACACAGAGAAGAAAGGCAGGAGGAGGAAAGAAAAGCUGAAAGGAAAGUCUCCCAUCAUUUUGAGGGUCAUGUACAUGUGACUCAUGGCCAUAAAGCAACAACCUCAUCUGGGCACGGGGAGAGAAGGGAGGAGGAGAACACAGAAAGAAAAACUGAGCACACAGUCUCCCACAAGUCUGAGGGACAUGGACAUGACACUCAUAGCCACAAAACAACCUCAUCUGAGCACGGCGAGGAAAGGCAGGAGCACGGGCAUGGAGUCUUUCACAAGUCUGAAGGACAUGGGCAUGACACUCAUGGCCACACAACAACAACUUCUUCUGGGCACGGCCAGGAAAGGCAGGAGCACGGGCAUGCAGUCUCCCACAAGUCUGAGGGACACAUACAUGAGACUCAUGGCCACAAAACAACCUCACCUGUGCAUGGGGAGGAGAAACAUGAGGAGGGGCAUACAGAAAGGAAAGCUGAAACGAAAGUCUCCCACAAUUUUGAGGGACAUGGACAUGAGACCCACAGCCACAGAACAACACCUUGGCAUGGGGAGACAAGGGAGGUGGAGGAAAGAAAAGCUGAGAGGACAGUCUCCCACAAUUUCGAGGGGCACAUACAUGUGACUCAUGGUCACACAACAACAACCUCAUCUGGACACGGGGAGAAAAGGGAAGAGGAGGGGUAUAGAGUCUCCCACAAGUCUGAGGGGCCUGCACAUGAGACUCAUGGGCACAAAACAACAUCUGGACACGGGGAAGAGGAGCAUAAAGAAAGAAAAGGUAUCUGUUUUGUAUGUAGAGGUAGCAAUGUUCUUGUAGAUUUGCAUGCUGUAGUUUACAUGUGGUUCAGUAAAUCUGACAACAAUAAUAUAAGAUGUAGAAAUUACAGAGCAAAUUCUGAAUAAAAAUGCUUAAUUCUUAAGCACCAACAUCAGAGGCAUCUUUUUAUUUGAGACUCAGGGCAAGAAAAGAAAAGAACCAGGUAAACAAGUCUGGUUUGAAAUCUAGUAUAGAGCUGGAUUGUGUGUGAUCAAUGUGCUAUUUUGUGGCCAAAUCAUUACACAGCUAGUGAGAAGUACUGUCUAUAAUGUGAAUUCAAUGAUACUCAAAUGUUAAUAGAUUUAAUAUAUUAAAUCUACAAAUUUCUGUAGUGGUCCCAGUUAUAUUUGUGCUUAAAGUGUACUGAAUAAAAUAUCACAUGACAUGCUUAAUCCAUGUUUGAGAAAAUGUUAUAAAUGCAGUUGCAAGAACAGUGCUUCCCACUCAUGUCUGGAGAUGUUUUAUUUGAAAGAGGGCUUACUCUAAGUCGAACUAUUCUAAUUAUCUAUUAACUCCCACUGCUCUUUCAUUAGUGUUUAUCUGCGGGAUGUCUCUCGUUUUUCGAUGACUCGCUCUGUAUUGAGUGUUUUCACUCGCAGUGAUUGUUAUUUGGGGAUGCUUUAACUGUGCGCUCUCCCUCAUGCCUCUCGGUGCAUGGAGAGCCAUU